AUGGAUCAGGCCGGUCCAUCGAGAAUAACACGAAAGAAACCACUUGUAAUUACUGUACCACGUGGAUUAUUGCGACAAUCACUUCAAAAAAUAAUUCCAACUGAACGGUCACGCAUUUGCUUUGUUAUUAAUGGAAGUGAAAUUAAGCUCCUUACACCAUCUGAUAGAUGUCGUUUUGAUUUGUCACGUUUGCAACAUCUUCCAUCAGCUCCAUCGUGCUAUACCGGAUUCCGUGAUUUACGCUCUCCAAGUCCAACCGGUUUUGAAUUUCCGGCGUAUGAUAAAUACGCGUCAAGACCAGAAAUAUAUCCACCGGAACAUGGCCGUAAUCCUCCUGCACCAUUAUCUCCAAUAUUUGCAAUGAACCCUUUUAGUCCUUUUGCUCCUAAUAAAAUUCAUAUCCCACCUGCUCAACAGUUACCACGACAUCGAAAAGUUAUGUCAAAGUUAGCAAAACGUCGUGGUGUAUACAUUCAUCCGUUAACUGGUAAAAUGAAAAUUAUCAAACGACGAACUCAUUCAAAAUCAAAUUUUCAACAAUCAUAUUUGUAA